GGCCACAGUACUGACUUUCAUUACCCACGACAGUGGCUACAUCUAGACCUGAUCAUGGUGAUGGCUCCAUCAUGCUGAUGGUCAUACCUUUCUUUCAAUGCUACUUCUCUCUGUUCUUGAAACAGGGACUUGACUGUCCCUGAGUAUUGUGGAUCACAUUCAGAAUCUUGAGCUGCUGGCCCUUCACCUCAAGAAGUCUUAACUGGAGGGCAGAUGGACCCCAACUAAAGCAGAAUCCAGCCUGAAGAAGGAAGCCCUGAGGGCUGGCUUGGAGAGGCUGUUGAAUGAGCUGGCAGGACACCCAGCUCUCUCCUAAGCCAUCUCUCCAUCCUGGCUAGUUUUCAGGGAGAAACACCCCUGUCUGUAGGCCGCAUUCAUGGCAUGUGGCCAAGCUGCUGGACGGAUGCCCUGAAGUGGCCACCACCAUGCAUUACCCUUCUGAAGCCUUCAGCUUGUCUUGGCAUUCAGGUUGCAACACAAGUGACGUGUGUGCGCAGUGGUGUCCACUCUCCCGGCACUGCAGCACGGAGAAAAGCAGCUCUAUUGGUAGCAUGGAGAGCCUGGAGCAACCAGGUCAAGCCACUUAUGAGGGUCACCACUUGCCCAUUGACCAGAACAUUUACCCUAACCAGCGUGACUCGGCGUACAGCUCCUUCUCUGCCAGCUCAAAUGCCUCUGACUGCAUUCUUUCCCUCAGGCCAGAGGAGUCGGCCUCUGCAGACUGCAUCACACAAGGCCUAGGGCCAACUAAGGUCCCCAGUGGUCGGCCUAAUGUGGCUGAGCUCUCAGGAAGUAGCCGACACCCCAAUGGGAGCCACCUGAUGGCCACUUCGCAGCUGCCAUCCCGCCCACAGGACAGUCACCACGCAAAAUCUGGCAACGCAGCAAGGGACCCACCACCACCUCCAGUGAGGCGAGAUAGCCUUCAAGCCUCCAGGGCGCAACUCCUCAAUGGAGAACAGUGCAGUGCUCCUGAGCCGGUGGCCUCCUUGCAACAGGAGGAGAAACUGAGCUCAGAGACCAUCUUGUCUCCAAGGAACCCGAACAGGUUUUACUGCCUCAAGGGUCAAGACCAAGAGAAGAAUGAGGACCAUCAGGACGAUGAGCUCAGUCAGCCUCCUGACUCCAGUCCACAGGGUUCUGAGCAUCUGCUGAUGGAGGCCUCGACCAAAGGUGCUGCUUACCCCCAAACCUAUGACAAGGCUUCCAGCACAAGUCCCAGCCCGCUCCCCCAAGCUGCAGCAGAGCGAGCUAAGGCCUCUAUUGCCGGCAGUGCUCCACACCUCACAGAGCAUCGUCAUAGCGCCCCUGAACAGCUACUGGCAUCACACCUCCAGCAUGUGCACCUGGAUAUCAGGAGUGGCAAAGGGAUGGAACUUCCAUCUGGGCAUGAUGGACACCAGUGGACUCUCUCCCCCUUGCAUAGCAGCCUCACAGGGAAGAAAAGUUCACGUGCCCUUGUAGGGGUGACCCAGGACCAGCUUGUCAAGGAGAGGAAAAUCAGGCUAAAUGAGGAUAGACCUUUGAGUUCUGAACACCAGAGCCCAAGCAGUUCCCCUUAUGAAGAUACUGAUGGACACCCUCCAGAAAGAGGCUUUCUAGACCCAAGUAGCUCAGGCAGUGAAUUCACAAACCAGCAGCCCCCUGCCUCGGGCUCCCUUGUUCAACCAACCAGAGACUGUUCUUCAACCACUAAAGCAGCCAGUAGCACAAAGGCAGUUGAAGAAGUUGGCAAUGAACCCAAGGAGUAUGGCCAAAUGGGUAGUAAGCGAAGUGGAGGGACUCGGGGUCGCUCCAUCCAAAACCGGCGCAAGAGUGAUCGUUUUGCUACCAAUCUACGUAAUGAAAUUCAAAGGAGGAAGGCCCAGCUCCAGAAAAGUAAAGGUCCUUUGUCACAGCUGUGUGACACUAAGGAGCCAGUUGAAGAGACUGAGGAGAUCCCCGAAAGCCCCCCACUUCCUGACUCUAAUCCAUUCCUUCUGUCUUCAUAUAAAAAACCACCUGGCCCUAGAGGCAAGCACUUAAACAAGAGCAUGAUACUCAGGGCUAGAUCUUCAGAAUGCCUUAGUCAAGUCCCUGAGAUCCAUGAAUCUAGAACAGGCUUGGAAAGGCCAGUAAGCCCAAGUCAGAGGUCUAACCAGUCUUCUUUGGGCCUGAACACUUGGUGGAAAGCUGAACCAAACUUCUCAGACUAUGAGAAAGCAAAUGCUCACCCUGGAAUACGUGGAGGUCACUGGAGAUGGUCUCCAGAGCAUAAUCCCCAGCCACACGUCACUCUAGCCAUGGAUAGCCCUUCGAAUGCAGGUGACAACAAGGAAUUGAAGGCUUCUGCUGCCCAAGCUGGGGAAGAAGCCAUCCUCUUGCCCGUGGCAGACAGAAGAAAGUUCUUUGAAGACAGUAGUAAAUCUUUAUCCAUGUCCCAUUUGCCAGGUUUAACCACUCAUAACAAUAAAAAUUUUACCCAAAGAACAAAGCCUAUGAACCAAAACGUCCAGUCAAUGAGCUCCAGCUAUAGAGACUUGAGACGCCAUCCCAUGGACAAAGCAUAUCAAUGCACAGACCAGUCAUAUCAUCCCACGUCACCACUUCAGUUAGAAAGUUCCACUUACCCUGAAUGCUUUGCAAGCAAAGGCCUGGAACAAUCCAUGUGUAAUAAGCCACUUCACUGUGGUGAUUAUGAUUUCUGCAAUACUUACUCAUACCCCCCCAGUAUUCAGGGAGCUGUGGUUCAUGACCCUUGCAUUUACUGUCCUGGGGAAAUCUGCCCUGCCUUACUAAAGAGAAAUAUGAUACCAAACUGCUACAACUGCCGAUGCCACCACCACCAGUGCGUCCGGUGUUCAGCUUGCUAUCAUAAUCCUCAGCAUAGUACCCUUGAGGAUAGCCGUUUAGCACCUGGCAACACUUGGAAACCCAGGAAGCUGGCACUGCAGGAAUUUCCUGGGGACAAAUGGAAACCAACAACAGGAAACAGGAAGACCAGCCAGUCAGGGAGGGAAAUUGCUCAUUCCAAAGGUAACUUUUCAUGGGCACCUCCCUUUCAUCCUUGCCUUGAGAACCCAGCGCUGGCCUUGUCAAACUACCAAGCAAUCUCUUCCCUUGACCUUCUAGAGGACUUCAAUCAUUCCUCAAAAAAAACAGAGGAAACUUCAAUUCAUGAGGAGGGGAGCUUCAUUGCUUCCAUACCCUAUUCACUGCGCAGCCGGGCUUUCUCAGAGAGUCAUAUCAGCUUGGAGCAACAGAGUUCCCGGUCAAGGAAUCAGAAUCAGAGGGAGCUAUUUGCCAAAGUUGAUGAAACCCAACCGGAUCCUUUUGGAGCCAGGAAAAAGGCCUAUCCUCCUCCUCGCCCACCCCCUCCCAAUUGGGAGAAGUACAGGCUCCUCCGAGCUGCUCAGCUCCAGCCACAGCAGCCACAACCGCAACCUCAGCCACAGCAAGAAGAGGAGGAGGAGGAGCAAGAAGAGGAGGAGGAGGAGGAGGAAGAAGAGGAGGAGGAGGACCUACCACCCCAGUAUUUCAGUUCAGAAACUACUGGUUCAUCUGUUCUAAACACCGAAGUUGUCCUGGAACAGUCAAAGCCCCUGGGCUUUGGUAACCUGGAGAUUUUAAAGCAGGAUUCACAAAGCCUCCCAGCAAAACAAAAGUCCUUUGGUUCCCAUUCCAGCAAUUUCCAGCCUAGCCUAUUUCCAAUAACUGCGCACUUAGGAUCUCAACCUGAGCACAUUCACCCCCCUUGCUAUUAUGGCAUCAGUGGUCUUUGGAGAGCAUCAGAACAACUGGUCCUUGACAGUAAAGCCACUAACUCUGCCAAACCAGAGGCUGUAAUGGCAGAAGAGUCCAAACCCAAGCCAGCACGGAAUCAGAGCUACUUCUUCCCUGAGCAACAGUUCUCUUUUGUGGGCUGGGGCUCUGAUAAACAGCACCUCAGUCGCUUGGGCUUUGGUGAGCCCAAGAUGACAGAAUCUGCUGAUACACGUGUCAAGCCUAGAGAUGCCACUGUUUCCACUUUGUCCCUGUUACAUCCUGCAACCAUGGAGGAAGCUGGGUCCAUUGGGGAUAUAACAGAAGAGAAGAGAGGCUAUUCGUUCGCAAGUCAAAGAUCUGCCUCACGGCAGGCAGCCUCAGAAGAUUUCAUGACAGAUGUGGUGGGGCAUGGCAAGUCUCUGGCGGGAGGGAUAAACCCAGCCUCCAACUUGAUGACUACUGCCGAGGUCAUGGGUGGCUUUUUUGCUGUGAGAGAUCUGCAGUUGCGCCAUUUCAAGCAGGCGUGGCACCGGGAAAGAAGAAAUGAUGAGAUCUCCCAGGAAAGCCACGGAGUGCCUUUACAAGAAUUUCAGCAUUUCUCCCCUCCUCAGGGGAACCCUGGGAUCCCUACCUCUUACUCAGCUUAUUACAAUAUUUCUGCGGCCAAGGCAGAGCUUCUGAACAAAUUGAAAGACCAGCCAGAGAUGGCAGAUAUUGGCUUGGGAGAAGAGGAAGUGGAUAAAGAACUGGUUCAAAAAAAGAUACAGCUUAUUGAAAGUAUUGGCAGAAAGCUCUCUGUCCUGCGGGAGGCCCAGCAAGGGCUGGUGGAGGACAUCAACGCCAAUUCCUCCCUUGGGGAGGAGGUGGAAGCCAACCUGAAAACUGUCUGCAAACCCAAUGAAUUUGAAAAAUACCGUUUGUUUAUCGGAGACCUGGACAAAGUUGUCAACCUGCUGUUGUCACUCUCUGGACGACUGGCCCGGGUGGAGAAUGCUCUCAACAGCAUCGAUUCAGAGACCAGUCAGGAGAAGUUGGUACUGAUUGAGAAGAAGCAACAGCUGACGGGGCAGUUGGCUGAUGCCAAGGAGCUGAAAGAGCAUGUUGACCACCGGGAGAAGUUGGUGUUUGGUAUGGUCUCCUGCUACCUGCAUCAGGACCAGCUCCAAGACUACCAACACUUUGUGAAGAUGAAGUCUGCCCUCAUCAUUGAGCAGCGAGAGCUGGAGGAGAAGAUCAAACUCGGGGAAGAGCAGCUCAAAUGUCUCAAAGAGAGCCUACUCCUGGGCCCAGCAAUUUCUAAUUAGCAAGUUGUUAGUAGUUAAAAUAAGAGUUAGCAGUUUGUUCCAUACUUUCUACCCUGGACUUCUCUAAUGGCUCUUACCUAGAAGUUUCCCUAACUAUCUAGGAGACUCUGGGGAGGUCUCAAGCUGGUCCGCAAGGGAAGCUACAACAAGUUGUAACCACACACCACCCUCUCCUUCCCACAAUUUUGCAUAGGCAAGCACUCAACUGCACACACAACCAACAAAGUUAUUUGUGUGUGUGAGGACACCAAAGAUGUUAUCUUCUCACCACCUAGUCACCUACUCUGUAGUCAGCCUUCAAGGCUUAGAGAGGAGCUGCUGCUGCAACUCCACUCUGCCCCCAGGGCUCCAUUUCCCACAAGCUGCCAAGAGGUCACUUAGCAACCAAGAGUUUCAGGGUCUCACCCAAGAUUUGGCAGUGGGAAACAGAACUAAGUAUUGCAUUUAGAAAAGACAAAGAAUUCCCAGAUGCCCUAUUGGAAGGAGCCAGACAGAAGCCAGUUGGUUCUGCCCUCACAUCCUCCGGCAUCCAGUUUAAGGGGAUGAAUCUUUCCUACAGCUUUUGCUGGUGUGGCCUUCCUUCUGGGUUAAAGCUUUGAGGACGCCACCCCUGUUCCCACUUUGCCCUUUCAUUGUUGGAGGUUACAGAUGCCUACUCCAAGGAUCCACACUGUAGACCUUUAACAACUCUACCAAAGCUGACUUCGGAAUGUGUUUCAUUAUUUGGAGUGGGUGGCUUUUUAUUAUUGUAUUUUAAAUGGCUUUAAAAUUUUUAUUUAUUUUAUGUUUACCCUUUUUAUUAACUAAUAAGGUGAGAGGAGGGUUUGACAGGAAAAAGUUAUCCCAGAAGGAAAACAUUUUCUACAGAUCAAUCUGAAUCCACCAUAAUUUUGACAAGCAAGUACAAAUUCCCUUUUCUUCCCAACAUAACUGCACAGUAUGCCUGGCAUGGUGCUUCCCUAGGUACCAUGAGUUUAGCAUUCCCUACCAGAGAUCAAAUUUUUCUUAUUUUUUCUUUUCUUGGAACUAAACUUUAGUUACUAAAGAAAUCUCCUGAAACUUAAAAAGUUCACCCAUUUUGCUACCAUAUCCAGGCUGAGAAAUGAGUAAAAGUGAGUUCAGGAGGAAUUCCUCUACUCCACAAUUACUUUCCUGAACCUGGAAGCCUGGCUCAGGUAACCAAACCAGGGGCAGCUAAGGCCAUCCUCUCAGCCACCCCAGGAAUAAUCACAGCCAGGAACUUAAGCAUGCAAACAACCAAUGCUGCUGCUGUUUCCAGGGUCUCUUGGCACUAAUGGCAGGAAGGAAAUUGUGGAUGGAAGUUGUGGACAGAUGGCCAAACUCUGUCCUAUUAUUCAGAUCAACUCCCUGUUCCUUGCUAACUGGGAUCAACUUUUAGUACUGGUCAGCCCAGCCCUGUGAAACCCUGGCAUCUCUUCUAAUGACUGCUGAGUUCUCCAGGAUCUUUUGAGGUUGACUGUAGCAUCAGAAGUGCCUCAUUCAACAGAAGAAACAAUUGUCAAGGAACUUUGCUACCACUAGUAGUCACUGACUUCUGCUUCCUCUUCAUUGUAUUUGAACACAAUGGGGGAAACAUGGCCAGGUGGGUGUUCUGAGAUUUACCAUUUCUGUGGAAUCCGGAGUAUGCUUUUAGAAUCACUGCUGCUGGUAGAACUGAUGUUCUGCUGUUUGAAUAUCAACUGCCCUGCUUCCCUCCAGUGAGGCUGAUUGAUGACUCAUAAGAGGCUAGGUGUAUCCAAGCAAAGGUUGAGGAAUGUAGGAGGGGGUGCUUUAAAUGGAGACUGUGAUUGUCAUUUUGGUUUUUAAAAUAGGCUCAAGGAUAAAGGAUAAGCAAAUUUAUGUGUCAUGUGUGGGGAUAGGAGACUGAUACAAUCCAUAAUUCUAAGAGUUUGGCUUGAAUUAUUUUAUUUUUAUGAAUAUGGGCCUAAGGAAAAGAGUGUGCAUUUACCUGGACCCCAGGGCAAAGAUAUGCUUUUCUAUAUUUGUUAUUUCCUUAAUCUGUGAAAGGUAGGUUGGUUAUAACUUAUAUUUAUGACACUAGAAGUAUAUAAAAGUAUGAUUGACUCCAUUGAUUUUGUCCCUGUUCACACUCCAAAGUAGUUUACAUAUUUAGAAUGAGUAUCCAACACAAGAAUGUUGAUAUUUCACAUGGAGGAACAGUUUUCAAAUCACUUUUAUAAAAACCAAAAAUUUAUACUGAGCAGUGAAGCUUGGCAGACAAAAUGAAAUAAUAAAUAGACACUGAUUCCCAUCAUUUCUGACCUGGCAGUCUCAUUGUGAGGGAUAUUCUGCAAUCCUGCCAAUAUCACUUGAGAUGCAGUGUCUUUCCCUUAUUUUCAUUUUCUGGGCUCAGCUCUUCUCUCAAGCUGACCAGGAGGUAGCAGUUUGUAUAGCAGGCCAAGAAAUGUCUCCAAAGUCAAUUAUUGGUAUUGACUUUUCCCCUUUCCCUUCAAACACUCAUAAAGGCCCCAGUGGGUAGUGAGCAAGCUUGUUGAGAUGGGCAGGAGUCGAUGCCUGAGUUCCUAUCACCUACCCUGGUCCCCAUUUCCUCCUUCCCCAGUACACUGGAUAAUUUAGUCUCCUUGGGUUGUACCUGCUGCAGCUCAGCAUUGCAAUGCCCAAGGGGAAUCUGAGAGGGAAAAAGAAAAAUAAGGUCCUAGAAAGGGAGAGAGUGGAAGCAGAGAAAAGCAGAGAAGAUAAAAAGAUGAAAAGCCUCUUUCAACACCAGGUCCAAGUUCUAUUUUUCAUUGAACCUCAUGUGCCAAAAAGCGGCUUGGGCCACCAGAGUCAUACCCUUAACUCCAGCCUCCCUGCAACUGCUACUUUGUUAGUAGCAGGCCUCAGAUAGAAGAAGAUGGGCAUAUUUUUGGCCAUUUUUCACUCCUCUGGGACAUGCUGAUUCCCACUGUCUUUGCCAGAGGAGUUAUCUAUGCCAAUAAUAAUUCUGUAACAGUAUAUUAUAUUGUUUGAAGAUGAGUAGAUGUUUAGAGGGGGGUGGGGCGAGGGUCUGUUCCUAUAGAUAAAAAAAAACAUGUGUGGAUUGUUAUAAUAAUUGUAUA